AGGAAGCAAAUAAUAAGAAUAAACAUAUGUCAGGGAUCAAAAUGAAAAAAACACUAAUAGUAGCAGAAGUAGAGUGUUCUCCAGAAAACAGCUCUCUUUGAUUUGCAGUUUGCUGAGGAAUCUCCAACAGCUUCUCCUCCACUUUGUGGAUCAAUGAUCCACAUAUCUUUGGAGUUGUACAUUCAAGGCUCAAUCAAGGAGCCUCUCCAAGAAGAGAGAUACACCCCUCUCAAGCUUGCUGUGCUUCAUGGUAGUGUCAGAGUCCAUAGGAGACUAUAUCUGGCUUAAGCAUACUUAAAUGGUGGCCAGAAUUUUCAUGAUCUGGGAGGUCUGUCCCACUCAAGAAGAUUUGAUGAAACGAUCCGAUCUUUCAGACUAAGAUUCGAAUUGUAGGCCUGUGGUACUGGGGCUCAUAAACCUUGGCUUCUUAUCGAGAGGCCCUGAUCAGUUAGUUUUGGGGGCUGACGCUGAUAAUCGGAAUUGACCAUCAAUACCAUCGAUGCGCAAUAUAAGAUGGUCCAACACACCGUUACUGCUGCUGCCAUUGUCCAUUCAACUUCACAUGGAUGUAUUUUUUCAGACUACUCUUACUAAAGAAGACAAUCAUUAACUCCUGCAGUCCUGUGAACAACCCCACCACAUAGUUACUGCAGAUUAUAUUCGAAAACCAGUUCCUACUCUUCUAGAAUGCUUUCGUCAGUUAUUUCUCGAUAUUCAGCUUUCUUACCUUCUUCUUUGUGUCUUGUCCAAUUUGAAAAUUUGCUUCACCGUCACUGUUAUCACUCCACGCCUUCCAAACCCUUAAAUCCCACUUCCAUUCCCAGCUAUGAUGACCCAAAUUCAUCCCCACUUCUCAAUCUUUCCGCCAGUUCUAAUAGGGCUUUCUCUGAACCCCUAAACCCCACCAUCGUGCUGGAAACACUCUCUUGUUACAACAAUGACUGGAGAAAAGCUUUAGAGUUCUUCAACUGGGCCGAGACGCAAUGUGGCUUCCAUCACACCAGCCAAACUUGCAACCAGCUUAUUGACAUUCUGGGCAAGUUCUUUGAAUUUGAUGCAGCUUGGAAUUUGAUUGAGAAAAUGAGAAGUGUAUCCUCCAUGCCUGACCACACCACUUUCCGAGUGUUGUUCAAACGUUAUGUGUCUGCUCAUAUGGUAAAAGAAGCAAUUGAUAUGUUUGAUAAGAUGGAGGAGUUUAAUCUAAAAGAUCAAGUUUCAUUUUCAAAUUUAAUUGAUGCUUUAUGUGAGUAUAAGCAUGUGAUAGAGGCCGAGGACUUGUGCUUCCCUAAGAACAAGAAUGAUGGGAAGUAUUCAUGUUUUAAGGUGGACACAAAAAUAUGUAAUAUGCUUCUUCGUGGGUGGUUCAAGAUGAGUUGGUGGGGUAAAUGUAGACAGUUUUGGGAAGAGAUGGAUACAAGGGGUGUGGAAAAGGAUCUGUAUUCGUACUCUAUUUACAUGGAUGUACAGUGCAAAAGCGGAAAGCCAUGGAAAGCUGUAAAAUUAUACAAAGAAAUGAAGAAGAAAGGAAUUGACUUGGAUGUAAUCGCUUAUAAUACUGUCAUCCGUGCUAUUGGGAUUUCAGAUGGGGUUGAUGUAGCAGCUAAGCUCUGUCAAGAGAUGAUUGAGUUGGGAUGCAAACCAAAUGUUUCUACGUACAACACACUCAUCAAGCUUAUGUGUGAAAAUGGGAGGUAUAAAGAAGCGUAUAAAGUUCUUAAUCAAAUGCCUCACAGGGGUUGCGAGCCUAAUGUCAUUACAUACAACAGCGUCUUUAGUUGCCUUGAAAAGCCGAGAGAGAUUCUCAAGUUGUUUGAUAGAAUGAUUGAAAAUGGAGUGCGACCUAGGAUGGACACCUAUGUCAUGCUUAUGAGGAAAUUUGGAAGAUGGGGAUUUCUUCGACCGGUCUUUAUUCUUUGGGAAAAGAUGGAAAAACAGGGAUUGAGUCCAGACGCGUCUGCUUACAAUGCACUAAUCGAUGCCUUGGUGCAAAAGGGUAUGGUUGAUAUGGCACGCAAAUAUGAUGAAGAGAUGUUAGGGAAGGGCCUUUCAGCUAAGCCGAGGGUAGAACUGGGGACAAAGUUGACUAGUUCUGACUGUGAAGGCAGCUGAGGUUGUUAUGGUUGCACAUGAGACAGCAUAGUUGAGAUGUAAAAAACCUCAUCUUAAACUUCAACUUCAACUGUUCUUUGUCAUCCUUGUGCUUGGUGGCAGCAGGUGAUCCUCUUCUUGUACGUGUCUACAAAGUACGGAAAGUGAUGCCUCAUCAACUAGCAUUCUACGAAGAUACCAGAAUGCAUACACAUGUUCAUGGUUGGAUUGUAUCAGGUCUUGGGCAUCUAAAUCCGACAAGCCUGCUGUCGACCUCAAUUUUUCCUUAAAACUAAUUAACAAAUCAUUUAACUUAAAUGGCAGAGUGUAUUGUUGUGUACAUCAAAUAUAUUAAGUACUUGAAGGGGGCACUGGGAUGUCUUUUAUUUUUUUCAGUUGUAUUUCUUAGUUUGGUGAUAAAUAAAUUAAUUAAGUGAACUAAUAAACAAGUUUAGACAUAUAAUAUAUAUAAUUUUUUUAUUUAAC